CAGUUUAGCCUCUCUCUCUGUUUACUCUAUAUAACUUGCUGUGGAGGCACUUUAGUCUCACUUCUCUUGUUUUACACGCAAGCACGCGUUUCCUCUCCUGAGAUCUCAUCCUGAUUUCUUUGGGGAUUUAACCAUGUCUUUGGACCAGGACUUCUGUUACCUCUGCAAGGAGGAUCUCAGGGAACCUGUUUCCAUCCCAUGUGGUCACAUUUUCUGCUCUGUCUGUAUCAAGACAUACUGGGACCAUGCAGACCAUACUGGACAAUAUCUGUGUCCCCAGUGCAGGGUCACCUACAACAAGAGACCCAGUCCACGCCGCCUUCAGUCUUCUCGCAAUUCUACUUCAGCCCAAAGAACCUCUGACUCUUUCCCACCAGCUCCUCGAUCCCCAGACUACAACUAUGCAGGACCCCAAGAUGUGGGAUGUGACAUCUGUAUCGGCAAGAAGCUCAAAGCUGUCAAGUCUUGUCUGAUGUGUCUGGCUUCCUACUGCGAUAAACAUCUGAAGCCCCAUUAUGAAUCAGCUACUUUCAAACGGCACAAGCUGGUUGAUGAGAUCGGACACCUGGAUCGACAGAUCUGCCCUCAGCACCAGAAAGGUCUGGAGCUCUAUUGUCGCACUGAUCAGAUGUGUAUCUGUGUGUUGUGUACGGUGAAGGAGCAUAAGGGCCAUGACAUGGUGUCUGCUGAACAGGAAAGAUCAGAAAUGCAGCAACGGUUGGGCGCCACCCAAGCUGAGAUCCAGGAGAAGAUCCAUGACAGAGUGAAACAAAUGGAGGAGUUGAAACAGGCUGUUGAUGCUCUUAAGAGCUCAGCACAACGGGCCUUGCAGGAGAGUGAAAAGAUGUUCGGUGACAUGCUUCGUUCCAUUGAAAGAAUGCAACAGGAAAUGACCAAACUCAUCUCAACCAAUAAGAAGGCAGCACUUAACACUGCUGAGGGUCACAUGGAUCGUCUGGGGCAAGAAAUUGCUGACCUGAAGCGGAGAGACAACGAGCUGACACAGCUCUCUCGCACUGAGGACCACAUCCACUUCAUUCAAAGUUACCACAUGCUGCUUGCCCAGACUGAUGCUGAGGAGUUGCCCACUGUUACAGUGAACCCCUACUUUUCCUUUGGUGCUGUCACCAAGACUGUCUCUGAGAUGAAGCAACAUCUAAAUGAAUUCAGCAAUGAAGAGCUGGUCAAGGUGGCAAAGACCGUGAACAAAAUGCCAUUCUGUCAGCUAGAGGACCGUAAGAAGAAAAAGACUAUGAAGUCUGUUGAUGUUGUUGAUGUGUACAAGACUCCAAGCAGCAUUCCCCAGACAAGGGACGACUUUCUCCAGUAUGCCUGCCAGCUAACUCUGGACCCCAACACAGCAUACAGACAGCUCUACCUCUCCCGAAGCAACAGGAAAGCAGCCUUGAAGAGAGAACCUCAGUCUUACAAUGACAGCAAUCAGAGAUUUGACUGUUUGCCCCAGGUCCUGUGCAAAGAGGCUCUCUCAGGAGGUGCGUACUACUGGGAGGUGGAGUGGAGCGGAGAGGGAGCCUCCAUCGGUGUCACCUACAAAGGCAUCAAGAGGACAGGUUACGGGGACUCGGCUCGUAUCGGCUACAACCGCAAGUCCUGGAGUCUCUUCUGCUCUGACUCCAGCUACUCCGCCCGACACAACAAAGACCAGCUUGAGAUUAACACACCCUACUCCUCCCGUAUCGGGGUUUUCCUGGACUGUUCAGGAGGCACUCUUUCUUUCUAUAAUGUGUCAGAGUCCAUGUCACUUAUUCAUCAGUUUAAAGCCUCUUUCAGUGAGCCAGUCUAUCCCGGCUUCUGGGUGUGGUAUGAGUCUGCCAUUACUAUCUGUCAGCUGUAGAUGGUUGAACAUAUGGACAUUUUUAGCUGUAUUUAAUUAUUUUGUAAAGAAUGCAUAUUUCUAAUUAAACUGAUUACAGUUGUGUUUGUUAGUUUUAAACUAUAAUAUAUCAUAUAGGCCUAAUCUGUUAAAAAAUAUGAGUAUUGUGAAAAUUCAAAUACCUCUUUAUCCUACAAUACAGCCCUUCCCAAAAUACUUUCAAAUCUUUAAUAUAAUUUUGUGUCCAGCUGUGUGUUUGUAGUUUAAUAAUUAUAAAAUUACAUUAAAUGCAUAAAUGGCAACAUAAUAAAUACA